AUGUCUUUAGCCGAUGGGGAAUAUGACAUUGACUUGUCGAUACUACUAAACGAUGAGCCGGCCGCCGCCGGCAGUGCAGACCAUAUAGCCAUCAGGUACGGGUUUAUGCCGAGCUCGGUGGACCAGACCAAGCCGUUGAAGCUCUACAAGCGAAAUACCCAGUGCAUACUCGAGGCAUCGUCGUCGUCCUCGAGUGAUCCGAACAAGUCGGUCUUGUUUGAAGGCAUCCCGCAUACUUACCGCCGAGAAAUCAGCAACAACAGUGAGUUCUACUUGACGUACAGAGGCGAGGGAAACACUAUCCGACUAGAGCAGCUAAACAGCACUAUCCGAUUCAACAAGAGCAGGAAUCCCGAAAAGUUGGAGAAACAGAUGCAGCUGAUUUCGAAUGGACUGAAUGGCAGCACAAGGAAGUUGGAAGAGAGAAAGAUUGCUCCAAUGGCCUCGGAAAGGGCAAGCAAACCUCAAACGUCGCCCUUGAGACGUGAGCCGAAACCAGUCGCGCUCAACCCCAAGAUUGGGAAGGAAAAGACAAAAGAGGACAAGAAAGCAAACGUGAAAAAUGUGAUUGCGGAAAAUCUUCAACUACCAUCGUCGUCGUCGUCGUCGUCGACAGUAGCCGCGAGGAAAGUUGCAUCGAAGAGACCUCCUGCAAAUACACCAGAGCCAAAUGAAGCCAAAGAGCCGAUUAUCAGCGAGUCUGAUUUUGAAGAUCUAGACGAAAAGGGAUUGGAGUUUCCCGAUAUCAAAUUCGACGAUGAAGGAGAGGAAGAUGAUGAUGUUAUUGUUGUUGAUAAACCCAUGAAGAGCGAAUCAAGCGACAAUGAGAUCAAAGUGGUGAAACCAACAAACACCACCAAGCAGAAAGAAACCAAGCCCACAGCGAAAGAACUGGACGCAUUGUCGAUCGAAUCAAAACCAAAACCAAAGCCAAAGCCAAGAGCAAAAACCGAGCCCAAGAAAAAGAAAGAGGCCAAACCAGCAUCAAACAAAAGAACAAUGGCCGAUCAUGCUGCCAUGGAAAUGGAUGACGAUUUCAAGGACUUGGAAGACCAAUUGCAGGAAGUUCUAGGUAACGAAGAAGACGAGCAACUUAGCGAGAAUGCCGCGCCCCCAAGCUCCUUUAACCAAGAUUUCAGAGCAGACUCUGGUUCAGAGGCCGAUGAUAGUGAUUUUGAAACCGUCAGGAUCCAGCACAUCAAGAUCAACGAGGGCACUUCCACCCCGCGCUCGAAUUCAAACACCUUUGGCUCGUUCUCUUCUGCAACCAACGGCAAGCCUCGAAGCUUGCGGGACUGGAUGGGCGGUGGCAAGAGUCAUGAUGACGGGAGCAGUAGUGAGGAAGAGUAA